AUGUACCCAUACUUGAACGAGAAGUGGUCCAACAAGUUUUGGAGGAAGGAUAAAAAGAAAAAGUCUUCGCCGGAAGCACCCCUAGCUGCUCUCAGGAUUCCUCUUGGACAUGAAGAAAAGUCGCAGGACGAACCGAUUGCCGCCUUAGAUGGUAGUUCGAGCGAACCCCACCAGUGGGCUACACCGGAACAAAACAUCCACGAACGAUUCCCACUUCUCUCUGAAGCCUCGGAACAAGUAAUUUGUAGGGCACGCACUAAAUACAAGGAUAUGGGCGACGUUCUCGACGAUGCAUUUGUCAAGGUUCUAGAGCAGAAACUGUUCUAUACGACCACGAGCAGCAUGGACAUCUUGCGGGAGAUUUCGGAGAGCAUCUUUGCUAGUAGGAUCACAACACUAUCCUUAUGUGGGCUUCAGUUUGCCACUGACGCCAAGCCGCCGAGACCUUGGUACAACGGACUAUUCACCAGGCAGGAUAAACAAUAUCCAAAGAAGGAGGACUGGAAGGACUGCAAGCUCCGGGGCCAGGACCAGGCCAAACUUCGAGAAUCCGGUCAAUAUAUCGAGGGCCUUCGUAUAGCGUUAGCCAAGUUCACGAAUCUCAAACACGUUCGAUACUUUCCAACCUCUCCGGAUCGUGUAGGAGGCUCUUGGCUAAAUAUGGCAAUUCUCGACAUCGACAAGGACUGGCUCGGGUCAAGCUACGGCUACACAAGCCGCGUCAUGUGGGUGCGGGAUGACAAAUACCUCUACAGUACUCGCCACUAUGAUCUAAAGGACCUCUUCGCGGCUCUUCAUGCGGCCGGUACUAAGCUAGAAUCAUUUACAACCCCUUCCUUCGGAAACCAAGCAGACUGGCAGACGAUUGGCGAAGGCCGUCUUGAAGUAGUCGAUCUGAAGCAUUUCGCCACGAUUUUCCAGAAUUUGAAGGAACUGCGCUUGAAUCUGAGGAGCUGGGACUACUUCAAUAGGGGCCAUAAUAUGAGGAAGAUCCUCCAGGAAUGCCCUGCAUUGGAGAUGCUCGAGCUCUCAUUCUUUGCAGACGACGACGACGACUCCCCCGAGGUUUUCAGACCACUCAAUGAGUAUGGCGUAGGUCUGGGCGCAGUGCCAAUGCCCCAUCUCCAGGAGCUCCGACUAGCCUUCGAUGCCGGCACAUGCACCACAAAAGAGAACAUCCUGGAGCUAUUCAACGGGCCCGUAACAGGCCUGAGAAGUGUUCGCAAACUAGGCUUAGCUUACGUCACUCUUAAUAAUAACGAAUGGGAUGAAUUGCUACUCAAACUUUCUACUCUCUUAGAGCUGGAGGACUUGUUGUUGAUCAGUCCUCGGAAGGGGUGGUUCCCAAAAUACUCCGAAGCAACGAAAUUCUCAAAUGAGUUCCUCGGAGGAGUGGCGCGGAAAGUCCAAAUCCAUCACGAUGAGCAACCUUUCGUUGCCAAGGAAGAGUGGGUGAAGCAAGGCCAGCGAGUUCAAUACAAGAGCUUUGCAAUCUUCGACUAA